CGGAGCUGGGGAGGGGGCUCGCUGGGCCAGGGGAGGGGGCUAGGGGCCUCGAAGGGCUCGGGAGCACGACGGCGAGCCAUGGCUCUGGGGCUACAGCGCGCCAGGUCGAGCACCGAGCUGCGCAAGGAAAAGUCCCGGGAUGCGGCCCGCAGCCGGCGCAGCCAGGAGACCGAGGUGCUGUACCAGCUGGCGCACACGCUGCCCUUCGCGCGCGGAGUCAGCGCCCACCUGGACAAGGCCUCCAUCAUGCGCCUCACCAUCAGCUACCUGCGCAUGCACCGCCUCUGUGCUGCAGGGGAGUGGAACCAGGUGGGAGCAGGGGGCGAAGCUCUGGAUGCCUGCUACCUGAAGGCCCUGGAGGGCUUCGUCAUGGUGCUCACUGCCGAGGGAGACAUGGCUUACCUGUCGGAGAAUGUCAGCAAACACCUGGGCCUCAGUCAGCUGGAGCUCAUUGGACACAGUAUCUUUGAUUUCAUCCAUCCCUGUGACCAAGAGGAGCUACAGGAUGCCCUGACCCCCCGGCAGAGCCUGUCCAAAAAGAAGCCGGAGGCCCCCACCGAGCGCUGCUUCUCCUUGCGUAUGAAGAGCACCCUCACCGGCCGCGGGCGCACCCUCAACCUCAAGGCGGCCACCUGGAAGGUGCUGCACUGCUCUGGACACAUGAGAGCUUACAAGCCUCCUGCACAGACGUCCCCAGCAGGAAGCCCCAACUUGGAGCCCCCCCUGCAAUGCCUGGUGCUCAUCUGUGAAGCCAUCCCCCACCCGGGCAGCCUGGAGCCCCCACUGGGCCGGGGGGCCUUCCUCAGCCGCCACAGCCUGGACAUGAAGUUCACCUACUGUGAUGAGAGGAUCGCAGACGUUGCCGGCUACAGCCCCAGUGACCUGAUCGGCUGCUCGGCCUACGAGUACAUUCACGCUCUGGACUCGGACGCCGUUGGCCAGAGCAUCCACACCUUGCUGAGCAAGGGCCAGGCAGUAACGGGGCAGUAUCGCUUCCUGGCCCGGAGUGGUGGCUAUCUGUGGACCCAGACCCAGGCCACAGUGGUUUCAGGGGGCCGGGGUCCCCAGUCUGAGAGUAUCGUCUGCGUCCACUUCCUAAUCAGCCGGGUGGAAGAGACCGGAGUGGUGCUGUCCCUGGAGCAGACGGAGAGACACUCUCGCAGACCCAUUCAGCGGGGCACCCCCUCCCAGAAGGAUGCCCCUAAUUUCCGGGACAGCCUUGAUGCCUCUGGUGCCCGGAUCCUGGCCUUCCUGCACCCCCCCGCACUGAGCGAGGCCACCCUGGCCGCUGACCCCCGGCGCUUCUGCAGCCCCGAACUCCGUCGCCUCCUGGCACCCAUCCUGGAUGGGACUUCAGGAGCCACCACCCCCAGUGCACCCCCAGCCACACAGCGGCCCCAAAGUCCUCUUCCGGCUGAUCUCCCAGAUGGACCUCACUUGAACAUGGAGAACACGCACAAACUCGUGGCUUCAGGGAAGGACCUUGAGUCUGUGGAGUCGGAUCUAGAUGUAGCUCAGGACGUCGAUGGUCUGGAUCUGGAGAUGCUGGCCCCCUACAUCUCCAUGGAUGAUGACUUCCAGCUCAGCUCCAGCGAGCAGCGGCCCAGGGCCUUCCACAGACCUCCAGGCGCUGUCCUCCGGCCCCGUGCUCGGAGCUUCCAUGGCCUGUCGCCCCCAGCCCCUGAGCCCUCCCUGCUGCCCCGCUGGGGGAGUGACCCUCGGCUGAGCUGCUCCAGCCCUUCCAGAGGGGACCCCUUGGCGCCCUCCCCCACGGCUGGGGCUCGGAAGAGGACCCUGGCUCGGAGCGCAGAGGACGAAGCCGAGGGCGUGGAGCUGCUAGGAGUGAGACCCCCCAAAUGGUCCCCCAGCCCAGAAGCCGAAAACUUCCUGCUGCCUCCCCUCAGCCUGAGCUUCCUUCUGACCGGAGGGCCAGCCCCAGGGAGCCAGCAGGACGCCAGCACCCACCUCCUGGGAUUGCGUGAGCCCCUGCGCCUAGGCCCCUCGCUGCUCUCUCUCUACCCAGAUGAGGACACAGCCGAGCCCAGGAGCCACUUCCAGGCAGCAGCAGGCUUGGCCCAGGCCAACUGAGCCAGCCCCUCUCCCUUCUACUCCCCAGAAAGGACCUCAACCACACUCCAUGCCGGCAGCCAAUGCACAGGAUGGGGGCACCAGGAGAGGGGUUCCCUUUCUCCUCUCAGCGGCCCCUGCCCACCUUGGGCCUACCUCAGCCCUAGCCCCUCUGCCCCCCAUGUCUGGGGACUUUGGGGUGGUCUCAGCUCAGUGACCUCUGGGAGGGGGCCCCUGGAGCCCUCCUCCUCCUUCUCUCAGGACUUCCCUUGGAGUUCUCAAUACUGGUGACCUCAUCCCUUUCUCCGACUCUCCUGGCUUGAUUUUUGGGUGACUCGGAGUGGGGGACAUUGGGGUUCAGAUCUGUGUUUCUGGCCUCUGGGGAGUAUUGAUAACCAUAGUCACAUUUCUUUUCCAUCCAUCUUUUAUUAUUUUUUUGUUGUUGUUGAUUUCAUGAUAGGUUUUGAAUCACUAUGAAUGGCCUGGGGUCCGUAAGAAUGCGGAACUCUGAUCUCCCCUCCUCCCUGCGGUGGUGGGGGGAGCUCUGGGGCAGACCUCACCCCCAGCAACUUCUUAUCAGUCUCUUAGCCUUCCAAGUGGCCAACCCUCUCUGCCUGCUCCUCCAAUGGGGACUUUUGCUGCCCCAGCCUUGCCUGGACACUGGUUUUAUUUCCGGGGGUAGCCUCCAGCUUCCUCUGCUCCCAGACCAGGCAACCUCCUGCUCUCUGUGGUUCUAGACCACACAACUUCUGACCUGCUCUUCUAGCCUGCCCCUCUCCCAACACAUCCUCCAAACCUGAUUCCAGACCUCACACCUCCAGGGCUGUCUCUUUUUGUACCUCCAUGGUCUCCCAAGUUGUCUGGUUCUAGGUCUCACAGCUUCAGAGCUGACACCCACCGGAGCCCUCCAGUUCUAGCAUUCACUCUGACUUCCUCUGGUUCUAGACCUUUCUCUGUAAAUAAGUCUCCCUUGUACCAGAUGUCACAUGCUCUGACUCCUGCUGAUUCCAGCUCUUACAACCAGCAACUGCCUCUGACUCUGGACCCCAAAACCCAGGCUUCGUAUUGGGUCUAGUCUUCCUGAUCUGGAAUACGCCUGGCUCCAAUUCCAGACUUCCUAAUUUCUGAAUCGUUUUGGUGGUACGUGUCACAAUGCCCAGCUCCUUCCUUUUCAACUUUUACCCUCAAGACUUGUUUUUCCCAUCAAAAAGAAGUAAAGUGAGUGGUAUGUAAAUCUUCUAACCAUUAUAGUACUUUCAGGCCAGACUCUGUGCUCUAGGUCUCUUCUGCUCUAGACCUCGUGACCGCCACCAUCCACUGGUUCGAGACCACACAGCCUUUAGAACUUGCAGUUCCCAGGACCCUCUGAUUCCCGAUCUGCUGAUAUCAUUUCUCUCUGAUUCUUGAACUUGGCUUCAGAAGUCUUCCUAUUCCAGAACUUACCCUAUCAAUUCCCUUGGUUCUAGACCUCACAAUCUCCAGUUUGCUCUCCAGAUCUUAUGACUCCAAAUUACUCUAGAUUUAGAACUCAGCAUUCAGACUUCUGAUUAUAUAGAGCUUGCCUUUACAAAUUUUUCUGGUUCUCGACCCUGUAGGGGUAAUGCCCAGCUCCUGAUUUUAGGUCUUGUGACUCCCAAAAUCUCUCUAGUUCUAGAACUCAUCCUCACAGUUUUUCAAAUUCUAUUCUUAUUCUAUAAAUUCCUCUGAUUCUAGGCCUCACAGCCUCCAACUGUCUCUGAUUUCAGAUCCAAAUUCUUUUGGUCCAAGAACUCAGCCUCCAGGUGCUUCUGAUUCUAGAAUCUGGAUGUCACCCUCUGGAUUCCUCUGGUUCAGAAUCUUAUGACCCUUGACUUUCUGAUUCCAGACCCCAUCCUAACUUUAUUCUGGGCUUCCUACACUACCCAGCUUGCCGCAGUUCCUCCUCUAUCUGUAGUCUUCCCAUUCCAGGUCCCUCGCUAGUGGACCUCAUGCUCAAGCCUCGCUAUCCCUACAGUUUCACUAUCUUGGAAUCCCCCUCCUCCCCGCCCUCAGCUCUCCAGGGAUGCACUUACCUUUACUUUACCCCAGGUACCUGGGGGACCUGGGUCUCCCUUAAAAUCCAGGAGACUUCCCCAGCCGCACAGACACACGCACAGCCCUAUCUGCAUAUCACAGGUGGGGAGAGAGGCCAGGACUCCUCAGAACUCCUGCCACCACCUGUGUGUCGCUUACCCUCCAACCCUGUUUCUACGAUGGUGCUACUCUUGGGUCUCCCACACGAAAAGCGCCCCCCUCCCCCGCCAGCCCAAUCCAUCCCCUUUUUGGAAGGCACUUCUCACUCUCUUUUGUCAUGGGAUGGCCUAUCCAGACUGGUGCUAUGGGGAAGAAGGGUCAGGUCGCUCCUUCCCUCGGGGGUGACCUGGGCUCUUAAUGGAGGGAGCUGGGCUGGGCUGGGUUGGGAAGGGAAAGGGACUGGACCAGCCGCUCAGGCUCUGAAACCCAUUAAUCUCUAUACCACGAUAAAGACCUCGCCUUGGUAGGCACCAGA